UUCACAGCACUUUGCUGCGGAUCUUCUCUGCGCUGCGGAAACUUUCCAACAAAAUGGUGCAACAACUCUCCAAAUCCGGAGCAAAAGACGCUCAUCUGCUCAAAGCUGGGCACCCGCCAGCAGUGAAGGCAGGAGGAAAACGAGUUGCCAAGAAAACCCUGGAGGACGGAUCUGCCCAUGGGACUCCUGAGAAAGAGACAAAGAGGUCUGAUAAACUCAGCCGGUCUCUUGCCACCUCCAACAGGAUGCAACAAGUCGGGCUUCUUCUGACUGGGACUCUUGACAAGCUGAGUCAUGACUUUCCAGAGACCCCUGUGAGCGUGAGGCACAGCAAGGUGCGCCCUGCUGUGGAAAGGUCUCACUGCCCCCGGACCUUCUGCAUCCAGCAGCCCAGGAAGUGGUGAAUUUGCCUAAGAAUACCCCAGAGCCUGUUGUGUUCAGUCUGUAGUCAAACGUUAAACUCUUGAGGGGAUGUGGCAGGUUCUCUGUGAGGUGCUGAUUUAAACCAUUUACCGUUUAGAAGAAAAACAACUUUCCUUUUGUGCUAAGCUUUUGAAGAAGAAUCAUGAUGUUCAGCUGUUUUUUUUUAUUUUUUAUUUUUAUUUUCUUUUAAUCUUUUUGAAAAUGCUGUAAUUUUGCUUGCUGACUGUUUAUGGGGGGAAUGCAUGGCAGAUGGGUUAAAGUAAGUUGAUUAAUGGAUUAGAGGCAUGUAGGUGAAGCUUAGAAAGCCUCUUCUUUUGUUUAUAGGCUCUCUACGUUAAACUCUGCAUUGUAGAUUUAUAUAAAAAAAUAAAUAUGCUAUUGCAGUUUGAA